GGCUUAGUGUUUAAAGUUAUGAGCCACGCUGGUUAGUAGUAAAAAUUUUAGAAAUGUUUUAUUUCAGUGAAGUAUAUUGAUUGUAAUGCCAAAAAAUGGCUGUGAUGUUUUUGAUCAAGUUGGCGCUUAUGUUGAUAUUAUUACUUGAAGACUUUUGCUUUGUUACUAGCGAGUUGUCAUUUGUUGAGAAUGGUAAUCAUUUGCGAAAAGAAAAAAACAGCUGGUUUUUUGACUGUACCCUUAAUUCUGAGACGUCUGGAGUCAAAAUUACAUGGUUAAAAGACAGUACUAUAGAAGUGGAUAGAUUACCAGGAGUAAGCUUUCAUAACAACAAGCAAAUAUUGGAAAUACAUAAUUUUAGUAGUCAAUAUACUGGAGUUUACAAAUGUAACGUAAAAGCUGGAGAUCGUGACAGUGAAAUUGACAGAAUUUUUGAUGUUCCACCAAUACAACCUCCACUUAUUCAAACAAGAGCCAAAUUCCUUAAUAUAACGGUUGGUGACACAGCAAAAUUUCGUUGCACUGUGAAGCGACACUAUUUAAAAUCAUAUAAUUGGUUCUUUAAUGGAAACCAAGUAUCAUCAGACAAACAUUACAGAAUAAAAAAGCACAGAUUUUUGAGAAUUCGCCGGGUAAAAAUAGAAGACAGUGGCAAGUACACUUGCGUUGUUGAAAAUAAUGUUGGAAAGAGCAAAACGGUUUAUAAUCUUUUUGUGAGACCUCAUGGAAAUUCAAGUGAAGAUCUAAGGCCUCGGUUAAGGAAGGGUCAUUCUUUGAAAGUGGAUGUCGUAUUGGGCAACGUGACUGCAGACUGUCAGGCAGAUGGAGCAAUGCCAAUGAACGUAACUUGGUAUAAAAAUAACAUAUCAAUUAACGAUCCAGGAGCACAACGUAAAACGAAUGGCUACACCUAUUUAAAUAAUAAUCAGACCCUUUUACUGAAAGCUGCAUUGAUAAGCGAUACUGGGUUCUACACUUGCGUUGUACAAAACAAAUAUGGAAAAUUAGUACAUACUGUUGAGAUUGAUGUCUACGAAAUCGCAAGACAAGCACCAGUUUUCGUGAACGUUCCAAAUCUCCAGAAAAAGUUUUUUGUUGCGCCUGGUGACAAUAUUACGAUAAAUUCCACCAUAUUAACCUUCGGUACCUCUCAUUUUCAACUCUUAUACCACUAUAAUGAGAGUAUUAAUGCAACGCACAGUAAGCCGGCUGUUAGGGUCGUAGACGUAAAAAUGUCCUACAACAAACUCGAUCAAGCAGACAAUAAAUAUGGAAUAAAAAACCUGUUACAAUACCACUUUCACAAUGUCUCGGAAAAAGAUUAUGGCAUGUAUUCUGUCAUGGGUGGAAACAUUGUUGGUUUUGAUGUAUACCAGUUCACGUUAAUAAAAUCCAAUAAAACGUAUGUUGCAGGAAGCAAUCCUAAAACAGUCAAAAAACCUGUCGUGGGAUCUUCUCCCUCCGAAGACAAUUGGUCCCAAUCUCCUGUGUUUAUCACACUUGCAUCGGUAGCUGGUUUACUGAUUUUUUGUCUUUCAAUCGUUGCUUUAUUAUGGCGUCGACGUUCGAAAAGCUGUAAAAACAACAACAACAACCAGUUGCUUUCCACUGACAAAAUAGAUGUGGUGUUGAAUCUCGACGAUAAUGAAUUUACAGCGUCACAAAAUGGCGGGCGUAAAAUAAAGUUCAGCUCUGGCAGAUUAUCUUCUUGCCAAACAGAGAAAGAGUAUCUAUACCAAUGCCUUCCUAUUGAUCCAGAACUAGAAGUCAAUAUUGACAACAUUGAUUUUCAAGGUAUGCUAGGAGAAGGUGCUUUUGGACGAGUCAUGCUUGCCAUUGUUUAUAACCUACCAAAACAUUCAGCACCGUUGACUGUUGCUGUAAAAAUGUUAAAAGAUGAUGCUACGGAACAAGAACUGAAAGAUCUACUUUCUGAAGUUGAAGUCAUGAAGUCGAUAGGAAGCCAUACAAAUAUCAUCAAUAUAUUAGGUGUUUCAUCGCAACAAGGGGACCUCUGCGUGAUCAUUGAGUACUGUAGAUAUGGUAACCUAAGAACAUUUUUAAAAGAAAGAAGACCCACGGUUACACCAAGACCACCUCCUAUUGAGAAACUUACACUGAGUCAUUUGACAUCUUUUUGUUUACAAGUGGCGAAAGGAAUGGCUUACUUAGCAUCUAAAAAGUGUAUACACAGAGAUAUUGCUGCGAGGAAUGUUUUGGUAGGUGAUAAUUAUGUGUUGAAGGUUGCUGACUUUGGACUUGCGCGAAAUAUAAACAAGACUGAUUAUUAUCGAAAAUGUACAGAUGGCCGCCUUCCAGUAAAGUGGAUGGCUAUUGAAGCUUUAUUUGAUAGGGUGUAUACUACUUAUAGUGACAUUUGGUCAUUCGGUAUUCUUGUAUGGGAAAUUGUAACCUUCGGUGGCUCGCCAUAUCCUGGAAUUCCAUUAGAAAGACUGUUUGAUCUUCUAAAACAAGGAUAUCGAAUGGAACAACCUAUUAACUGCACUAAUGAAAUGUAUGCUUUGAUGCUUAACUGCUGGAAAGAAAUUCCUUCAAAACGACCGACUUUUGAUGAACUUGUGGAAGUAUUAGAAGAAAUGCUGUUAAAAAUAGGAGAUGUGGAAUACCUGGUACUUCAACCACCGUACUUAAUGUCGGAUUCAGUGUCAUCGCCGCCUCAUUCUCUGUCGAAUUCACGGCAUUCAUCUUCGAGUGUAUUUGACGAUAAAAUUGACGAACUUGACUUUGACGUCUCAAAAGGCGUUAGUAUGAGUCUCUUACAUGAACGACAUACUGAGUUAUGACGUCAUUAAAAACCACAAUAGAUGGCUACAUCAAUAUAAUUUCUAUGCCGUAAUUGUGAUCAUGAAAUGCAGCAAUAAACUGUUGCAUUAAAAACGAAAAUAGAGAAGGCAAAAUGUGACAUAAUAAUCCCGAUGACCAACUAUACGACUUGCAUGGUUUCUUGGUCAGUGUGUUGGUCACUUGUUUGGCGAAAUGUCUUUGCACAUACCCAAGAGAAUUCAGCAUGUUUUGGCUCAACAGAUCAGUUGUAUAUUUGUAGAUAAAACGUGUUUUUUAAAUUGUGUUAUAAAACAAGUUUGAACGAGUUUAAACUUGCAGAUAAGAAGGGAGAAAUAUUUGUUGCAAAACGUAAUUACUUUAAAGAAAGAAACUUCGGCCAAACGCAAACGAGAAUCAAAUUUCGCGAAUUAUUAAUUUGUGUUGUUUAUUAUUUGUUUCUUUGUUUCUUUCUUUAAAUUGAGUAAACUAUUCCAGUUGAAAGUGGAGAUUUAUUUUUCCUGGUGAAAUUAUAUUUACAUAUCAUUAUUCAAGUUAUAAUUUUAUUUUUAAAAUAUUCUUUUCUAUUUAAUUUUUAUUUUCCAUUGCGUUUUAUAUAUAUUUUAUAAUAUUCAUAGAAAAUGGUUGCUUAUCGAGCCUCUUUUUCCUCAACUUGUGCUAUAAAAGGAUGGGAAUUACUAUUGGUUCAUUUCGUUAUUUAUUUGUUAGUAUUACUUUAUUGUAAAACCCUUAUAAUAAUUUACUAGUGUUUAUAUGUAAGUUGAGGCUGUGUUGCCAUUAAGAUUGCGAGGCUUAACUUUUGCUUUGAACUGCUAAAUUAAUUAGUAAAACCUACUGCCGCA